UCCAAAUCUCACUCACCACCGCAAAGCUCUCCCUGUCUAUCUUUAUUCUCAGAUCUCUCUCUAAAGUGACAGGUUCAUUUUUUUCUCUCUCUAAAGUGAUAAGUUCAUUUUCUCUUUUUAAAGUGAUGGCUCGCUUCAGCUCCACUUUGCUCGUGAUAAUGGCCGCACUGUUGGUGGCUUCCACCACGGCUCAGUCUCCGGCUCCUUCUCCGACUCAUACGCCGAAGCAUUCUUCUCCGGCGCCGACUCCGACGACAGGCCCUGCUCCUACGUCGUCAAUUACUCCGCCGGCGUCUGCUCCUUCUCCGUUCUUCGUCGGAAACAGUCCGACUUCGUCUCCUCCAUCGCCGGUUGCUCCAGCUCCCGGACUUCCUCCAGCAUCGAUCGCUACUCCUCCAUCGGGGUCUCAAGCACCCUCACCGGCAGAGAACGGCGCCGUUUCGGCUGCUAGAUUGACAGUGUUUGGAUCUGCGUCCGUAGGAGUUUUAGCCGCGGUCUUUUUGAUGUAGAUUUGGCCAGGAGGGGUUUUAUUUUUAAUUUUCUUGUUGUUGGGGUGUAUGGAUGAUUCUACAGUUUAUUAUGAUUUAUUUAAUUAAUUUUAUUUUCUUGAUUCAUUUAUUUAAUAUAUUAUAUACGUGUACUGAGAUUUUAGUUAAAUAAAUAAAGCAGCAUUUUACCCUA